GCAGAUAGCAGAGGGUAGGACUCUUUUCUUUACUAAAUCAUUUCUACGCACUGAAGUCAAUUCCUUAAUUUAUCAAAAGUGUCAUAUAAGAAAAUACAAUAAAGAUGGAAAGCGCUAUCGAAAAUCGCGAAUGCUCUAUCAUUCGGAAGUUCCAAAUGCACCUACGACACAAUCUUAUAUUCAUUCUGACUCUCUCGGCUGUCAUCUUUGGGUUAACAUUAGGCUUUUUAUUGCGUCUAGCCGAACCGUCAUCAGAUGCACUACUAUGGCUGGGUAUGCCCGGGGAGCUAUUUUUACGUUUGUUGAAAAUGAUGAUCAUUCCUUUGUUGGUGUGCAGUGUCAUACACAGCACUGCAUCUUUGGACCCCAAGUCCAACGGAAAGAUCAGUGUUGUGUCCUUCACCUACAUAAUGCUUACAAACAUGGUUGGCUGCCUCAUAGCAAUAGUGCUCUUCUUCGUCAUCAAACCAGGUAGUGAAAGUCCUCUUGUGGAAGGAAAACCAAACGUAUACGAGGCCGCCCCACAGGAUUUAUUUGCAGAUUUACUUAGAAACAUAUUUCCAGAUAAUGUGGUGGAGGCAACUUUUCGACAGUCCCAAACGAAAUAUACCCAUGAAAAGGUGGAACAAGUUUCAGUGGUUGAUAAUGCAACCCAGAGAAACAUCUCAACUAAUCAAAAUGAACAUCCUGAUGCUCAAAAGGUUGUAAAAUCAGUUGGGAAAACAGAUGGACCAAAUAUACUCGGUAUAAUCGUUGUCUGUAUGUUUGUGGGAACGGCUGCUGGCAGACUGGGAAAGAAAGCCAAACCGUUUCUGGAGUUCUUUGCAGUUGGCAACGAGAUCGUAUUAUAUGUGCUCCGAUGGUUCCUUUGGAUAACCCCACUUGGUGUAUGCAGUCUAAUCGCAAGCUCCAUAGCAGGUACCCGUGACGUCAUAGGCACCUUCUCCAACCUUGGACUGUAUGUUCUGACUGUUACUCUUGGGAUUAUUCUUCACCAGACGGUGUUUCUGUCCGUUAUCUUUUUCCUUACCUUAAGAAGAAACCCUUUUACGUUCUUUAUAAGUGUUGGACGUGCCUGGCUGAUAGGAUUCGCUGCCACCAGCUCAGCCGUAGCUAUUCCAGAAAUGUUUGAGGCUUGUGACAAUAAUCACAUCGACAAGAGGGUCAGUCGAUUUGUCAUUCCUUUCUGUGCGACGAUUAACGCUGAUGGCAGCGCCCUCUUUAUCACCGCCUCAGUUAUGUUUAUUGCAAGCAUUUCCGGUAUUCCGCUGGUAUUUGGAAAAGUUGCAACUUUUUUUUUAGUGACCUCGAUAUCGAGCCUCGCCCUCCCCUCUGUCCCUAGCGCCAGUAUCGUCACCCUCAUCAUGGUUCUGACUUCGCUCAACAUUCCAGUUAACGCCGUGUCCCUGCUAUUUGCCGUGGAAUGGUUCUUGGAUCGAAUCAGAACUGCUGCAAAUGUUUUAAGUCACACCUGCUGUGCUGCCAUUGCGCAUCGUUAUUGUGGACAGGAUCUCGGGACAACAAAAGAGCUGGGAAUGCUUGAACAGGAAAUGGAACUCAUAGUGCAUGCACCAGAGACCCGUAAUUGCAGCGUUUCAGUUGACGAGGCACCAAAACAACACUAGGACCGGAAAUAAUUGAGGAAGAAAUGGAAUUCAUAGUACAACCACCAGUGAAGUGUAAUUCUUGAGGUCCCGGAU